AUGGAAAGGUCUUACCCAAAUACCUUCAGUGAAGAGGAAGUCCUUGAAAAGAUGAGGAAUGACUUCAAGAAGCAGCUUGAGAAGUGGUUCAGGAACACCUUCCCUCAAGUCUUUUUGAUCUCCUCCUGGGACCUUCGCAAGUAUGAUUUCCCUCAACUGGUGGAGACAUUGAAGAAACCUCUGCCCUGCCUGAAGAGACUUGCAUUCCUGCUCAGCCUUCCCAACUUUUCAUCUGAGGUCAUAGAAAAGAAGAAAUCUGCACUGAAGAGCUGUGGAAAAUAUCUCUGGCAUCUGCUGGCAUCAAUGAGAUUCCCAUUCCGGGCCUUCCUCUGGCUUCUGAUGUUGCCCUCUUGUGUGGGUCCAUGGUUGCCUUCUACAAGAGAUUUGAGCUGGCUCCUUUGCUAGGCUGGCCAAAUUGGCCAAGAAGCCUGUUGAAGAACUGAAGGCUGUGAUUAAGUCUCCUCAGAGGAAAGAAAUUACCAGGGAUCUGGUUAUAAAGAAAAUAACCGAUUAUGCAAAAGAAUUAUUCCCGCCUUCGCUAGUUAGAAGCUUGGUAGCAGCAGGGGUGUCUUUUGCCACCACUUACUGGAUGCUGUCGAGCUUCGUCGAUAAUCUAGCUGAGGAUGCUGAAAGGGUUCGAAAGAAAGCCCUAGGACUGGAAGAGUGUGAGGCAGAGCAUCUCAGGGCCAAGUAG